AUGCGUCUUUCUCGACAAACAUUAGCUAAUGGUGAGCGAGAUGCUCUCUCGAUUCUUUCUGGACAUAUGUAUGCUAAACAUCGAAAUAUAUUUAUUGGUAUUGGUACUAUUGUUGUAACUGGUUUAACAACAUUUGUUAUUCUUCGUAAUUAUACAUAUAAUACACGAGAUCGUUUAGUUAAUAUUCGUCGUGAAAUUCAAAAUGUAAAACCUGGUUCCGAAUCUGUAUUUGAAGCAUAUCAUGAAAAAUUAAAAAAACGACAACAAGAAAAAGAACAUCAACAACAACAAGAACUCAUAAAAACUUAA